UCUCAGAUACAAUUGGCCAGCAUGAUAGCAUUUCUGGACUAUUAUAGACUCCAGUAAUACAUUUGCACCUGCACCAGUUUGUCAAGGGUAUAAUGAUAGGAGGUAAGCUUCUUAGAUGGCUGUUGUUACAUGGUGUUUAAGCCUUACAUAUAGGUUUCAUGUUAAAUUGCACCAGAAGGUAUGCAACUGGUUGGAGCCAGUAGCUCUCUAAUACAGAGGUCAGUGUUAUAGCAGAUGACCAUGUUCUUUGUCCUGAAAAAUAAAGCAUACAGCCUUUCCUUAUUAAAAUUUUGAAAGGUAAACAUCUUGUGAAAGAAUUGUAGUGAUUUUGGUGCGGAAAUUUGGGCCACUGUGCAAGAUUGUACCUGGGCUUGAAAAGGUUGCCAAUUUUUGCUAUAGUGACUCAUCUUUUGUGUAGGGGAUUCACAUUAGGCUAUACUCCAGCAGAGAUUCUGAGUAAAUCACAACAGUGCAGUGUUCCUAAUUCCAGUAAAUUCUUUGAAGGAUCAGAGUGUGGAAUCUUCUGCCUUUCCCUCAUUUCUUAUCCUGAUAGGAACUCUGAAAAUAUGUUAACACUUAAAUUCCUACUGGUACCCCCAGUUUGGCCAAUGAUGUUUGCAUGAUUUAAUACACCACCCCAAGGAAAGAAUAUAUUUGCCUAAAGUGUGGGGCAGUAACAGCUGAAUGUAAUCUUGAAUAAUAUUUCCUGAUACAAUUUGAAAAUUGUAUAAAAAUCUUAUUGUAUUCCAUACACUAUCACAGGAAUAGCCAAAGAACUAGUUAGCUUUAAAAAAAAGUAUCUCCUUAACCUUUCUGGAGCUCUGGAAGAAGAAAAUGCAAACCUGGAAUCCUGCUGAAUUUGGUCCUGAAUGGUUUGAUAUGAUAGAAUGGAUGCUUCCACCAUGGAGAAUAAAACAAGAAAUGCUUCUAGUUCCGAAGAAGGAAGAGGAGGAGGGGACACAGUUUCCCGAAGAAACAGAAUUAAUGGUGGUAUCUUCAAAACGAAAAGUGAAAUGGCAACUACUCCCAAAGAGCGUUAAAAAGAGUCUAGAAUCCAAGAUCCAUUGGACAAUAAUAGCUACUCUAUAUGAAAUUACAGAAGAUUACAAUGAAACUGAAAAGCACUUGAAUAUCCUCAAGAAAAGGCUUCUGAAACGUAUUGAAACUUUGGAAGUUCCUGUGGAUUCACUGGAUGAGCUGAGGAAUGUGCGAAAGAUUCUAAAAGAAGAAGAGGAAAGGUAUAUUUUCAUGGAAGAAGGAUUGCUGCAUCUGGAGGGAGAAAUAACCAAAGAUUCGUCAGCACUAAAUACAAUGCAUGAAAACAUGUACAUUGUCCAGAAAGAAAUACAGGCAUUAAAACAUGAGCUGACAGCAUUGGAAGCAGAAGCAGACAAGUUAUUUCAUAGAGAUGGUAAUGAUGACCUAGGUCUUCCUGAUCUUCCAGCUGAGUAUCUCCAACUACCUUUUCUUCAGAACGAGGUUUUGAAGAUUGCAAACCCACAAGCUCUUCUUGGUGACAUGAAUGUCAUUCAGCAGUCAGAUGAGAUGAAGAAUAUGAAAGCUUUUCUAGGACAAUUAAAUGAAAAGGCAGAGUUCCAAGUGGAGUGAGUCAAGCCAUCAAUAGAAGAACAAAGACAUGGACUGUACCUUUAGUUCCUUUUGUCUUCCAAGGAAAUCUUUGAAAGAAAUAAUUUUUCUAACAUGAUUUGCAUUCUGCAAUUCUCCAGUGGCAUUGUGGAAAAUUUUCAGAUGGAUGUAAUUAACAAAACAUAAUCUGCUACAGUUUUAUUGGGGUAAAGAUAUCAAGAGAUAGGCUUCCCAGUAGCAUGCUGUGUUUUCUAGUUUCAAACUUUUUUGGGCUUCAUAAACUUUAUUUUUUCCAGAGGAAUAGAUAAAACAACCCCCAAUAUGAUACUAUGCUCAGAGCUAUUCCUAACUCCUGAUAGCUGCAAACCACACCAUCUGUUGUAACCUAUUUGUGCUUAAAUGGUCUUAUGGCUUAGUCCCAUUGUUUUGACUGUAACCAUCAUUAAGAUCUGAUGCAAAGCCCCUAGUACUGGUCAGAUGAGGCAGUAUUCCACAUAAGGCUACUUACUGUAGUGCCAAAUACAAAAUUUGUCCUGGUUCUGGGUUGUAGUCGUUUGAAUAUGUUGGUGUAAUUUUGAGGCAAGCAGGCAACUUUUGCUGCUCGAGUAAUAUGUAUGUAUAAAUGUAGAUAAAAACACAUUUAGAUUACCUCAUUGGCAAGCUGAUUUAAGCAUAAACAAGUUUUCACUGGGGACUCAUGGCUCUUGCGAACUAUUCAGUUAAACUUAGAGAUAGUGAGCAACAGGUUUCUAGCUCUAAAAAUCAAUGGGAAGGAGCCCAUUUCUCCCCUGCCCCCUGGAACUGGAUAUUUGCUCAUUGCAAAUUUUUGUGGAUGUGGGCAAAGAAUAUAAGAAGCUUAAGUUGAGAGGCCAAUGCUCCAGUGAUUCUUAGACUGAGAUUAGUUUGGUUUCUCCUUUCUUUCACUCUGCUUCUUUUCACUUGGGGAUUGUAUCUGAGAGAGAGAAAGAGCAAGUGUGCAAAACAGAACCCUAAGCUCCCACCAUCAAAGUAUUACUUUUUGGACAAGGCAACCUAGUUCAAUUUCUAGCUCUUAAAUGGGAGAAGCAGCUGCAAGGACAUUUCUGCCUUUAGAAGUAGCUCUGGGGGAAGGAAGGUGGCAUUAGUUUCAGGAAAGAUUAGUCCUUAUGCCAUUGUCUAAAUUGCUGCUGAAUGAGCAACUUGGCCACCAAGGUAAGUCUUUGCUCCUUCCAGAGGGUGGGUGGGAGAAAUUCUUUAAAGUGGACUGUGCUUAUUGUUUUUGUCCUUAUAAAUAUCAGGCAAUAGCAUUGGUGGCUGUAAGUACUCCAGUUUAGUACUGAACAUUAAGAUGUCCAGUUACAUCUAAUGAGAGUGUUCAUUUUAUUUGUAUAUUUAAAAAGAGAACAAUCUUGUAUGUAAUCAAGCAACAGACCUUUUGUCUAUUUGCUGUUACCUGUUAUUCCUUUGAAAUAUAAUUAGAUCUCAUGAAUAUUGAAAUUAAUACUUAAAAGUAGGAGAAGCCUGAAAUGGAACUAUUUUAAUUACAGGAUAUCAUUCCUCACUCAAAUUACUAUUGUGAAGAAACUAAUACCUGAUUCUCCUCAGGUUUAAGAACAAGUUUAAGGAAUAAUUCUCUUUCUCAGAGUUGUAUUUCUCUGUGUUAAUUUUCAAGCAUUGUACACUUUUGGAAAAUAAAAUGGCAUUUACUGUAGUUAUCA